AUGAUAUUUACACUCAAAGCACCUACUCAAUCACUUAAAAGCUUUAACCGGUCAGUGUCAACCCAGUCACACCUUAUUUCCCAACCUUUCAAUGCCGAAAAUACGAGAAUGAUUCGAGAAUCAGAAAAGAAGUUUCCCAAACCAAAUUUUAUAUCCUUUGAUUUGUUCGGCACCAUCUACAAACCAAAAAUUCCUGUUCCUGAACAAUACCACCAAAUAACAAGCCUGGAGUUUGGUAUACUGAAAACAGCAGAGUCAAUUCGCCACGAUUUUGCCAAAACUUACGAGGAGUUACAGGAUGAAUUCCCCAAUUAUGGAAAAGGUGUGGCACACUUUGAAAAUUCGGAUGCCUGGUGGAGAGAGCUUGUGAUUAGGGUUUAUGGAUUGCUGAGAAAAGAUCCCAAAACAAAGGAGAUUUGCGAUCGUUUAGUUAAUCAUUUCACUAGUAAUGAGGCUUAUGAUGUUUAUGACGACGUCAUACCGACUUUGAAAGGAUUGAGAGAAAAAGGAGUAACCAUGGUUACUUCUAGUAAUUCAGAUACGCGAGCAAUCAAAAUAUUGGAAAGCUUAAAAUUGAAAGAUUACUUCACCAGUGUUAAUUUAUCUUACGAUUAUGAAGUUGGCAAGCCAAAAAAGUCAUUCUUUGACGCCAUCGCGGUGAAUGAGUACAGAGUUCAAAUCGAUAACAGGUACAGAGGACCAACUCCACCAGGAGAUUACUUAUCGGGAUGUUGGCAUGUUGGUGACAGUCACGCAAAAGACUUUGUUGGUGCUAUUAGAGCCGGCUGGAAUGGAAUUUUGGUGGAUAGAGAUGGAACAAGUGAAUUGAGUACAGGAAAGAAAAGACAAAAUAAAUCAACUUAUGACGCUUGCUAUAUGUCCCAAGGACUAGGCAAAAAGGAAGAGGAUAGUGAUGGUCCAUUAAUCUUGGCAAAUAAUAGAGUUGUCUUGUCACGUCUCACACAACUAUUGCAGUUGUAUAAUUGGUAA